AGGCAGCAAGAGCACUGAUUCACUUCUCAUCUUCCCAGCUACUAGCUAGCCCCUCUGCCUGCACCUUUCUCGGGCUCAGAUUUUGUCCUCCCCCUCUCGAUUUAAAACGGUCCGCUCCGCCCAGUCCGCAAACUAGAGUGGGAGGAGCAGCGAGUCACAGCUGCAUGCCAGGGCCAGUGCGGCAAGGCAGAAUGCAAGCAGGAGUGGGCAGAAUGGUAGUGCCAGCGGCGACACAGACGGCACAGGCAGUUCAGACAGCCUCAGCGGCCUGAACAGCCUCAAAUACAGUUUCUACGACUUCAGCUGCUUCGCGUAGAGCCCGCAAUAACAAUCGCUGUCUCCGAGGAGCGGGUGGAAGCCUUUUCUUUCUUAUGGUUACCUCUUCGUCUUGCUCAAAAGGUGUCGCAGACUACAAUUCAGCAGUGAAUUCAUCAGGACCUGGGCUUUUCUUUAUUGGCAUUUUCCAAGGAGAAUUAAAACAUCAUUACCAAAGUGAUAUAUAUGCCCCCAUGUUUAUAGCAACACAUUGUGUAAUAGUCAAAUAUUGGAAACAACCCAAGUGCACGUCAAUUGAGGAACGGAUAAAAAGAUGUGGCAUUUUAAAAAAUGGAGUAGUACUCAGCUAUAAAGGAGGAUCACAUAGGGGCUUUUGUAGAUGAUAAAGAGAACUCCAUUGGAGAAGAAAGAAAAUUGAAGUUAAUAAAGGGUUUUCAACUGAUUAAACAAGAAUUAAAGAAACUUGAUAAGGCGACAGGUGUUUUGCCUCAACAAGGAAAGAAAAGUAACCAAGAAGAGAACAGAUGAGUGUUGGGGGGCAGUGAAAGAAAGGACAAAAAAAAGAGAAUAGAAGAAAAGACAUGGAAGCAAAACUUAUGUAAAUAGGAAGAGAGGUGCUGAAAGGAGUUGAAAGGAAUGCAAAUAAAGUAGCAAGAUAUAUCACACCAGUGUUCUUUGUGUUGGUACGAAGAAUCGUUACAAACGUGCCUGUUAUGGACUUGUUCUCUGGGACAUACAUAUUUGCAGUGCUGUUAGCAUGCGUUGUGUUUCAGUCUGGCGCCCAGGAAAAGAACUAUACAGUACGAGAAGAAAUGCCAGAAAACGUCCUAAUAGGUGACUUAUUGAAAGACCUCAAUUUGUCACUCAUUCCGGACAAGUCUUUAACGUCUCCUAUGCAGUUCAAGCUAGUGUACAAGACUGGGGAUGUGCCGCUGAUUCGAAUUGAAGAGGGUACUGGUGAGAUUUUUACUAGUGGUGCUCGCAUUGAUCGUGAGAAAUUAUGUGCUGGUAUCUCUAUAGAUGCCCGUUGCUUUUAUGAAGUGGAAGUUGCUGUUUUACCAGAUGAAAUAUUUAGACUGAUUAAAAUUCGCUUUCUGAUAGAAGAUAUAAAUGAUAAUGCACCACUAUUCCCGGCAACGGUUAUCAACAUAUCGAUUCCAGAGAACUCUGCUAUAAACUCUCGGUAUGCUCUCCCAGCCGCCAUUGAUCCUGAUAUAGGAAUAAAUGGAGUUCAAAACUACCAACUGAUUAAGGGCCAAAAUAUUUUUGGACUUGAUGUCAUUGAAACACCAGAAGGAGAUAAGAUGCCACAACUAAUAGUACAAAGGGAGUUAGAUAGGGAAGAGAAGGAUACAUAUGUGAUGAAAGUAAAGGUUGAAGAUGGUGGUUUUCCUCAAAGAUCAAGUACUGCUAUUUUGCAAGUAAGUGUUUCUGAUACUAAUGACAACCAUCCUGUCUUCAGGGAGCAGGAAAUUGAAGUUAGUAUACCAGAAAAUGCUCCCAUUGGCACUUCAGUAACACAGCUCCAUGCAACAGAUGCUGACAUUGGUGAAAAUGCCAGGAUUCAUUUCUAUUUCAGCAAUCUAAUAUCAAAUAUUGCUAAGAAAUUAUUUCAUCUUAACACUACCACUGGACUUAUCACAAUUAAAGAACUACUGGAUAGAGAAGAAGCACCAAGCCACAAAUUACUUGUUUUGGCCAGUGAUGGUGGAUCAGUACCUGCAAGAGCAAUAGUGCUGGUAAAUAUUACAGAUGUUAAUGAUAAUAUCCCAUCAAUUGACAUUAGAUAUAUCAUCAGUCCAACCAAUGGCACUGUGAUUCUUUCAGAAAAUGCUCCACUGAACACUAAAGUUGCUUUAAUAACUGUGACCGAUAAAGAUGCUGAGCACAAUGGUAGGGUGACGUGCUUUACAGAUAAUGAAGUUCCUUUCAGAUUAAGGCCUGUGUUCAGCAAUCAGUUCCUCCUCGAAACUGCUGCAUACCUUGACUAUGAGUCCACAAGGGAAUACGCUAUUAAAUUACUUGCUGCAGAUGCUGGGAAACCCUCUCUGAAUCAGUCUUCACUGCUCCUCGUCAAAGUGAAAGAUGAAAACGACAAUGCUCCUGUUUUCACUCAACUCUUCAUAAGUCUCUCUGUUCCAGAGAAUAAUUCUCCUGGCACUCAGUUGACAAAAAUAAGUGCAACAGAUGCAGACAAUGGGCAAAAUGCUGAAAUCAGUUACCUUCUGGGUGUGGAUGCUCCAUCUGAAUUCAACUUGGAUCCACGCACAGGUGUCCUGACUGCAGUGAAUAAACUAGAUAGAGAAAAACAGGAAAAAUACUAUUUCACUGUUCUGGCAAAAGAUAAUGGGAUACCAUCUUUAAUGACCAAUGCAACAGUUUUUGUUACUGUUCUUGAUCAGAAUGAUAACAGUCCAGUUUUCACUCACAAUGAGUACAAUUUCUAUGUUCCAGAAAACCUUCCAAGACAUGGCACAGUAGGACUAAUUACUGUGACAGAUCCUGAUUAUGGAGAGAAUUCUGCAGUUACCCUCUCCAUUUCAGAUAUGAGUGAUGAGUUCACCAUUGAUCCACAGACAGGUGUCAUCAGGCCAAAUAUUUCAUUUGAUAGAGAAAAACAAGAAUCAUAUACUUUCUAUGUAAAGGCUGAGGAUGGUGGUAGGGUAUCACAUUCUUCAACUGCUAAAAUAACCAUAAAUGUGGUUGAUGUCAAUGACAACAAACCAGGUUUUGUUGUCCCUUCUUCUAACCACUCCUAUGAAUUGGUUCUACCAUCCACUAAUCCAGGCACAGUGAUCUUCAAAGUAGUUGCUACUGACAAUGACACUGGCCUGAAUUCUGAGCUUCGUUACAGUAUUGUAGGAGGAAAUACAAAAGGGCUCUUUGUAAUUGACCAAAAAACAGGCAAUAUUACACUGAAGGAGAAAUGUGUUAUUGCAGACCUUGGUUUACACAGACUAGUAGUUAAAGUUAAGGACUUAGGACAACCUAAUUCUCUCUUCAGUAUUGUGGUUGUGAAUUUGUUUGUGAAUGAGUCAGUUUCUAAUUUGACACUGAUUCAUGAAUUGGUGCACAAAGGCAUAGAAACAUCAGUGACUGAGAAUAUUGAGAAAGCUGAUUUACCCUCACCAAGUGACUAUGUUAAAAUAAUGAUUGCUAUUGUUGCUGGCGCCAUAAUUGUCAUCCUAGUGAUUUUCAUCACUGCUGUAGUAAGAUGUUACCAAUCAACACAGUUUAACUCUACUCAGAAUACCAAACAGAAUUCUGAAUGGGUUACUCCAAACCCAGAAAAUAGGCAGAUGAUAAUUAUGAAGAAAAAGAAAAGCAAAAUGAAGAAGCAUGUCCCUAAAAACUUGUUGUUUAACUUUGUCACUAUUGAAAAAACGAAGGCAGAAGAUGCUAACAAUGAUGGAAGUGGCAUCACACUAGACCUCCCUAUUGAGCUGGAAGAACAAAACGUGACCAAGUAUAACUGGGUUACUACACCAACUACCUUCAAACCUGAUAGUCCUGAUUUGGCCCAGCACUACAAAUCUGCCUCUCCACAGCCAGCCUUCCAGAUCCAGCCUGAAACUCCCUUGAGUUCCAAGCAUCACAUCAUUCAGGAACUACCCCUUGAUAACACAUUUGUGGUCUGUGAUUCCAUCUCCAAGUGUUCCUCCAGCAAUUCUGAUCCAUACAGUGUAUCCGAAUGCAGCUAUCCAGUGGCAAUGUUCAAGACCCCUGUAUCUGUACACACGAGACUGGUGAUGAUAUGAAGCCAGUAUAUUGGAAACAUUCCACAGCAAAGCUUCUAGCAUUGCCCUAAUUAACAUUGUGUAAGACAACAGAAAAGUUUGAGAUACUUAUCCCACACAAAGUUUUUAAAAUCUCAUAAGCAGCUCUUCAUGGUGUUGAGAAUUCCAGCUUCAUUUGGGAAAAUCUGUGGCUUACCAAAUCCAUUAAAUGGCACUAAGUUAUCCACCCUCCAUAAAACAAUAUGCUCCCUAUUCCCCCCAAAACUGUAAUUUUCAUAUUAGGCACUCAAGCUCAUACUAUUUCAUCAUGUCUAUAAUUAUACAAUAUAUGAAGAAUGGGGUUAGAAAAAUAACAGUAUGUUUAUCCCCAAGCCAAAUAAUGGAAUCCAUGUGAAAUAUCAAUUUUAGAUAAAUAGUUAAGUAUUUGCAUAAUUAUGCAAGACAUACAGAACCAAUAAGAUGACUUUCUGUAAAGUAAUGAAUUUUGGAAAGUAUAUUUAUUUAUUAUAAAGGGCACAAAGAGAAAUGAGAACUUAAUAAAACUUAUGAAAUUUUUGCACAAUGAUUUAAAGCCCACUAUGAAAUCUAUGGUUUGUAUAGCACUUCUUUAACCUUUUAUUCUGUGUCUAAAUGAGAAAAAUUUAUCUGAAAAAUCAAAAAAAUAAUACUAUUUCUUAAUAAAGUUAAGUGAUGGAAUUGUCUACAUUUAUUUUUCUCACUCUCAUUAUGCUACAUGUUGACUGCAUUAUUUUUCUUCUGCUGGAGAAGCAGUUAUCUCAGUUGCAGUACAUAAAGAAUAAAGUCUUUAGAAAAGUUAUUAAAGCUUAAUGAAACAGUUGCACCGUAAGAGUAAAAACAGAUUCUGUCUCAUUCAGAGAUAGAGAUAUUGAAGAUGUCCAGUACAUUUAAGAUAACCAUGAAAA